AUUAAUAUUAUGUUUAUUCUCUGAUCAUGGCUUUGGAGUAAAGUCGAAACAUGAUUCUAUGAUGGCAAGAACCUCUCGUUCAUACGCUUUUGAAAAAGAUUUGACUCGUCACCAAUCUCUGUGGGUUGAGAAGUAAUUACAGCCCAAACAAUUGUCUACUCUGACGUAAACUGUUUCAAUAUUGACCAGGAAGAAUUGUCAACAUUGCAACCUGCAACUUGCUAACUGCCAACAAUUAAUAACUUUUGACAAAGAGGAUUCAUACACCAGAGAGGCCGUAUAAAGAAACUGUCGACUGGCUUCAGAAUCUCGUUUGGAAAGGCAACAAUAAACUAAAUAGAGGAAAUGGGAAAUAAAAGUUCACUUAUGUUUUACGUUUACGUGCUUACUGUGGCAUUCCUAGAAAGAUCUUGGAGUACGCAAGCAAAGAAGCAAUAUAGUAUUUUAAACACAAUAUUUCGAAAGACUGGUACGAGUAAAGAUGUGGUGAACAUUUGCAAUAUUGAUUCGGAGACGCCGCAGCUUGAAAGAAACCAAAUUGAGGUUAAAGGGUUGAAAUGCGAUAACAAUGGUUAUUGCGGUAGGCAUGAAAACUACACAGGUUUUAUGUGUACAUGCAAGCAGAAUGAUUCGACUUACGUUCUUAGUGAGACGAAAUGUCUCAAUAAUUCAAGGCUUCGUCAAGGCUGUGAUCUUCGCUUUGGUUCCUGGCAAUAUUCAAAAGGAUGGACGUGGAGCAAUCUCGAUGAUCCCUUAUUAUCCCUCUAUCUUGAUGAUGGCUACGGUGUUACAACCGCCUUCGAUAUCUCAAAUGAAAACAUUUCCAGUUGUUCAUUAAGCAAUGUGACCGUCUUGACGACGCAGGGAAACUGGGAAGAAUUUGACUAUAAUUCAAGUGAUGUUGUGUUCUUUGUUUAUAGAAGAUAUUACCACAUUAGUUGGAACACAAAAUCUCUUCGUGAGGAAAGGAAACACAAGAUCAGAGGACAUAUACUUCGAUUAUCAAUUCUUUGUGAACAACGAUCGUCGGAUAUCGAUCAAGAUAUCUGGCGUCCUCCAUUGAGGGCAUGUCUUAUUGUAAAAGUCACAGGACGGCUUGACCAAGUUUUAUCAAGAAUUAUAAUAAUCAACAAGUCAAACAAUGGAAAUGGUGCGACGUUAACGAUAGUGCUUGUGGUAUUAUUCAGUAUUCUUGCUCUUGUUGCUUUGCUAACAGCAAUAAUUUUCUAUCGAAGGAGAAGAUCCUCAACAACAACAUCAAGCUUUGGAUUCCAUUAUUUUGCUAAAAAAACGUGAUUUAUCACAUAAUUACAAUUCAAGUUAUUGAUCAGUUUCUUAUAAUUGUUUUUUUUUUGUAAUCGAGUGAAUUAAACAUCAAAUGUGACCAAGUUCGA